AUGGAAUCAUCGAAACGCGAGCGGCCCUUCGAGAUCUUGGCCGAUAGGUCACGGCUGCCAGUAGAAUGGCAGAAAUGGAAGCGGGAGUUGGACCGUUAUUUUGAUGCGUGCGGCAUAACAUCCCAAUGGGAGAAACGCUCCCAAUUGCUACAUCUGGCUGGCCCAGACCUUCAGGAAAUUUUUGACCAUCUUCCGGGCGUCGAAGAUAUCCCUCAUGUAGUACUUGAUCCUCCAUAUUACGAUGAAGCAAUUAAGAAGCUCGAUGAGCAUUUCGAGCCUAUGCGUCGCCGUAAUUAUGAGCGGCUCUUAUUCCGGCAAAUUGAGCAAAAGGUGGAGGAAAGAUUUGCUGAUUUUGUCCUGAGACUUCGAAUCCAGGCAAAGCGUUGCGAGUUCGAUCGUUUUGAUCAACGGGAGGUAGAGGAUAGACUGAUUGAGCAGAUAGUGGAGCGUUGUAAAUCAAAUGAACUGCGCCGGCAUAUCUUGGCAAAGGAUAUGUCACUCGAUGAGAUUGUAACGCUAGGCACCACCUUGGCCGACGUACAACAGCAAAUGAAGGAGUUGGAUAGGUCUAGUGGAGAAAUGAAACAGCAGGGUUCUAUAAACCGAGUGUAUCGUCAUCCACAGGUUAUAAAGUCCAGGCCACAUUCUGAUUUCCGUCCCACUGGCUCGAAUACAUGGGUUAACAGAUCAUGUUUUGCAUGUGGAAGGAAAGGCCACUUGAAAGGCGACAAUAGUUGCAGAGCCAGGAACGCCAAAUGCAUUAAAUGCGGUGGGCUAGGGCAUUUCAUGAACCGUUGUUUAAAGCGCGCAGUAGGAGGCGAUCAGACACACUUGAAGGCAAAACGGAUUAGACUGAUUGAUGAAAUUGACCCAGAAAGCCAAAAAGAAGAAGCAAUUUUCUACGCCAUGGGGAAAAAUACCUUUGAUUUUACGGUGGGAGGGGUCAGAAUCCCGAUGGUUAUUGAUUCAGGAGCCGACGCCAAUAUAAUUGGAGAAGUAACUUGGAAACGAUCUAAAGCGGCAGGAAUGCAAAUGACACUUCUUACAUCAGUUGCGGACCGAAAGCUUCUAGCCUAUGCCACAAAACAUAUGGACAUAGUGUGUAUGUUCUGGGCCGAAAUAAAUGCCGGCGGGAACAAGGCAACGGCAAAAUUCUAUGUGGUGAAGGAUGGUCAGCAGAACCUAUUGGGCGAAGCUACAGCAAAUGAAUUGAAAGUCCUAAAAGUAGGGUUCGAUGUAGCAGCUGUAACCGAGAUACGUGAGCUGGCCUUCCCGAAAAUCAAAGGAAUUGUCGUAGAAAUCCCGAUUGACAGGUCAAUUCAACCAGUUCAACAAAGUUAUCGACGGGCUCCGAUUGCAUUAGAAGAGAAGAUUUACGAUAAACUCAGAUACCUGCUGGAUAAUGACAUCAUCGAAAAAGUUAAUGGACCAUCAGCUUGGGUUUCGCCAGUGGUACCGAUUCUCAAAGAAUCCGGCGAGGUCAGACUUUGUGUUGAUAUGCGGAGAGCUAACCAGGCUGUACUCCGGGAAUCACAUCCACUUCCGCUAAUCGAGGAACUUCUAGCUGGUGUAGACGGUGCAGUCAAGUUCUCUAAGCUUGAUGUGAAGGAUGCGUACCAUCAACUAGAAAUCUCCGAGGAUUCUCGAGUGAUUACUACGUUCAUAACAAAAUAUGGACUAUUCAGAUACAAACGGUUGAUGUUUGGCAUCAGUUCGGCACCAGAAGCUUUCCAAAAAGUCAUGGAUACAUUGAUAGCGGGAUUGGAAGGGGUUAUAGUUUAUCUCGAUGACGUAAUGGUCUGGGGAAGAACACAAGAAGAACACGACAUCCGUUUAGCCAAACUCUUGGAUCGAUUGAAAGAGUACAAUGUGCUCUUGAACAAAGACAAAUGCCAGUAUAAUGUGAAUGAGUUACAUUUCCUGGGGCAUAAUCUUUCAGCGGAAGGGGUAAAACCAACAGAAAGUCGAGUUAGUGCCGUGAGACAGUUCCGAAGACCAGAAAGCGUGACAGAGCUUAGAAGUUUUCUGGGUUUGAUUACCUAUGUCGGUAGAUUCAUUCCGCACCUAGCAUCAAAAACGGAUUCUUUGCGUGACUUGUUGAAAAAAGACACGAAAUUUCAGUGGACAGAAGUUCAUCAGCUGGCAUUCGAUGAGAUCAAACAAGCAGUAACGGAAAUUGGAUGUCUUGGUUUCUUUAAUCCUAAAGAUAAAACAACCCUGGUGGCGGAUGCCAGCCCAUGUGGAUUGGGAGCUGUUUUGCUGCAAGAGGACAUAAAUAAGCAGGGAAGAGUCAUUGCUUAUGCUAGCAAAUCUUUGACUGCGCUGGAACGUAAAUAUUUUCAAACGGAGAGGGAAGCCCUAGCGUUAGUUUGGGCAGUCGACCGUUUUAAACUAUACCUGCAGGGAAUUAAAUUUGAUUUGAUUACGGACUGUAAACCGCUACAAUUCCUUUUUAGUCCUAGAUCGAAACCAUGUGCGCGAUUGGAACGGUGGGUGCUGCGGCUGCAAUCCUACACCUAUAAAAUAGUUUACCAACCCGGCCCAACGAAUGUAGCUGAUGCGUUGUCAAGGUUGUCGGUUUCAAAUGAUGUAGAAGAAAGUUUCGAUCCUGAGAAUGAAGGCCACGUUCACAGGUUAACUAUUAUGUCCGCUCCGAUAGCAAUCACAGUACAGGAAAUUCGAGAAGAGACUAGUAAAGAUGAUGAAAUCCAGGAAGUCAUUGAAGCGUUGCGUGAGGGUAAUUGGAUAGGUAAAGCUAAGCGCUAUAAGCCAUACGAAACAGAGCUCUGUGUGUCAACAGAGGUGCUACUAAGAGGAGAAAGAAUAAUCAUUCCGGAGAAGCUAAGACGUCGUACAUUGGAGCUAGCGCAUGAAGGACAUCCAGGAUGGUUGUUAUGA